AUGCCGAACAUUACUUUUCUUUCAACGAUUGGAGCGCUGUCCGAAUUUAAUAUUGGUGAAGACUGGAAUCUCUAUCAAGAGCGGCUAGGACAGUAUUUUGUAGCGAAUCAAGUUUCGCAGGAACGUAAGGUAGCAGUAUUAAUUACAUUAGUAGGACAAGAGGCUUAUAAAAUUUUGAAGGACCUCUGUGAUCCAACGCUUCCAGAAUGUAAAUCGUAUGAAGAAUUGUGCGAAAUUUUAAAGAAACAGUUUGCCCCAAGAGUCUCGGUUUUCAAGGAGAGAAUCGAAUUUUACGAGUUAAAGCAGAAGGAAAAGGAGUCAGUAAAUGAGUGGUUUGCUCGUAUUAAGAGCAAAGCCAUCAACUGCAAAUUUGGAGCGCAACUGGACGACAAAAUCAAGGACAGAUUUGUUACUGGGUUAAGUAAAGGUCGAAUUUUGGAUAGAGUAUGCGAGGAAGAGCAUACAACAACGCUACAGUCGAUUCUCGAGGUGGCAAGAAAGAAGGAAGCAGCUUUGGCUUCGUCGUCUAAGGCUAGUCUGGUGGACGUGCACAAUUUGAAGUCGGGAAAAGCAAAAUCGGCUCAGCAGGUGACGUUCCAGAAAAAGAAGAAAGAGGAGAAGACAGGAAGCCAGCACCAAGGGUCCAAAGAAGAACUGAAAUGCGUACAUUGCGGAGGUACAAGCAAGGAAGGUCAUUUGGCUAAAAUUUGUAAAAAUAAUAAGAGCACGGUAGCUAAUACAAAUUAUUUAGAAUCUGGUUCAAAUGAUAAGGAUACAGAAAUUGUGGAUAUGUAUAAUUUAAGCAAUGUUUUAGCAAGCGAAGAACCGUUAAUAGUUAAAGUUGAGAUUGAAGCAUUUAAAGAAAAAAUAAGUAAACAAUUAGAGGAAUUAGAAAAGAAAGGAGUAAUUGAGCCUAUAGAUACGUCAGCUUGGGGUACGCCCCUGGUACCGGUUAUUAAGAAAGAUGGAAGUAUUAGAAUUUGCGUCGAUUAUAAAAUUACAGUCAAUAAAUUUUUAGAAGACGUUAAGCAUCCUUUACCUAGAAUUGAAGAAUUAUUUACAGCGUUAAGCGGUGGAGAAUCAUUUACUAAGUUAGAUUUAACAGCGGCGUAUAAUCAAUUAGAGGUUACAGAAAGAACUAUUACAGGUGCUAACAAGGAAGAGCAUUUAAAGAAUUUAAGAGAAGUAUUCAAACGUCUUUCAGAGGCGGGAUUUAAAGUCAAUUUAAAGAAAUCUGUAUUUUUUCAACCCGAAAUUAAAUAUCUUGGACAUGUAAUUAACAAAGAAGGGUUGCAUAAGGAUCCAGAAAAAGUAGCUGCAAUGUUAGAAGCACCUAAACCAAAAAAUGUGUCAGAAGUAAAGGCCUUUGUUGGUAUGGUUAAUUAUUAUGGCAAAUUCGUACCGAAUUUAUCACAAGUGUUAAUACCUUUAUAUGAACUCCAGCGUAGUACAACAUUUAAAUGGACGCAGCAAUGCGAAGAAGCGUUUAAUAAUGUUAAAAACGAAUUAGCGUCAGAGAGAAAUUUGGUUCAUUUUAACAAAAAGUGGAAAUUGAAAUUAGUUUGUGAUGCAUCCAAGGUAGGCAUUGGAGCUGUCUUAUUACAUGUUUUGCCAGAUAGCACAGAAAAGCCAAUUUCAUUUGCAUCUAGAGUUCUUCACGAUGCAGAAAAGAAUUAUUCACAUAAAGGCAUUCCACAAAUGGCAGCAGGCAGAUUACAAAGAUGGGCCUUAUUUUUAAGCGGAUUUCAAUAUAAGUUUGAACAUAUUAAAGGCAUUCAAAAUGGAGGAGCAGAUGGCUUAUCUAGGUUGCCAAGACCCAUUAAAAUUAAAGAAGCAGAAGUUGAAGAUUAUUUUCAUUUUGUUACGGCAGAGCGUACACCUAUAGAUGCAACACAAAUUAAGAAAGAAUUGCGAAAAGAUAAUAUAUUAAGUAAGGUAUAUCUGUAUACAAGAGACGGAUGGCCUAAUUCAGUUAGCGAGGAAAUAAAAGUUUUUGCAAGUAAAGCGAAUGAAAUUGGUAUUGAAAAUGAUAUUCUUAUGUGGGGAUAUAGAGUAAUCGUUCCGUUUAAAUUUAGAAAAGCUCUAUUGGAAGAGAUUCAUGGAGCACAUUUAGGAAUGGCCAAAAUGAAAAUGAUAGCCAGACAGUAUUUCUGGUGGCCUAAUAUUGAUAAGGAAAUAGAAGAAUACGUGAAAGACUGUGAAGCUUGCAAAACUACGGCUAAUAAUCCUAAUAAGUCACCAUUAAUUAAAUUUCAGGAAGCUGAAUUUCCGUUUGAUAGAAUUCAUAUUGACUUUGCAGGACCUUUUAAAGGUAAAACAUAUUUAAUUGUAGUGGAUGCAUUUACUAAGUGGCCGGAAGUGUUUGAGAUGUCUAAUACGAACACAGAAAGCACUAUUGAAAAAUUAAGACAGUGUUUUGCUCGUUUUGGUCUUCCACGUAUGAUUUUCUCAGAUAACGGCAGACAGUUUGUCUCAGAAGAGUUUGAAAAUUUUUGUAAAAAUAACGGCAUUAAGCAUAGAACGUCAGCACCGUAUUACCCAUCGACUAAUGGUUUAGCAGAAAAUGCGGUAGGUUCUUUUAAAAAAGGUUUGUCAAAAGCGUUAGCGGAUAAGCGAAAUGCGUCAUUAAGUACAACUACAUUAAUAAAUAGAUAUUUAGCUUCGUACAGAAAUGCGCCACAUACUAGCGUAGGAGAGAGUCCAUCAAAAUUAAUGUUUGGGCGUGAAAUCCGAACUAGAUUAAGUUUGUUAAAUAGGCCUGAGAGAGAUAAGGCUAGAGAGAAACAAGUACAGUAUUUUAAAGGAAAUCGAGAAAUUUUAUUAAAGCCAGGAGAUAUAGUGUAUGUUAGAGAUUAUAAGAUUCCAACAAAACCGACGUGGCGUAAGGCGAUUAUUAAAAGUAAAAUCGGAAAUAGAACUUAUGUGUGUAAAACGUUAGACUCGGAAGAGUUAAUUUGGAAAAGACACAUAGAGCAGAUUAUUGAAGCAGGAAAAUUUUAUAGUGAAGAGGAAGAUUGUAUGAGUAAAAGUGACAAAGACAAUAAGAAAUCGGAUUCAAAAGAGUUAGAAGUGGUACAAGAGCCGGAAAAGGACAAUGUAUGUGAAAGUCCGGAGGAAACGAAGACGGAUAUUAACGUUAAGCCUAAGAGAAUUAUUAAGCCAGUUCAAAGACUCAAUUUAUAA